AGGGCGACACAGGGAAGGCAGGAGAGCGGAAGAGAACAAAAUAACAAAUUACACUGACAAAGCGCCUUUCACGUUAGGAAGACGUCCCGAGGCGCUGGACAGUCACAGGUUUGGACUCAAGUUGGGGGUUGUGAUCAGGAAGGAUGGAGGGGAGGGCAGGAAAAGUGGGGGUAGCAGAAUGACCGAAGGAAUAGUCAAAAGAGGAGGGUUUUGAAACAUGAAGGAGGCAAGAGAAGGGGCGAGGCAAAGGGACUCUGGGUUGGAAUUUCAAAGGUUGGGUGCUUAAAGCCCGACCGCCAAUGGUGGGAUGUGGAGCGGCCAUAGCCUGCUGAGCGGAGGGAGCAGGCAGGUCAAUGAAACACCAGCGCAGACUUGAUGCGCCAAACGUUUCUGAGCUUAACAUUCUGUUAUUCUAGGAUCAAGUAUUACUCGUUGUGCGCCAAGGUGGGAGGCCCGGGUGCUGCCAAGGGUUGGGUCCAUUUUAAGACUGAGGACUUCCUCCUGGUGGUGGUGGAGCAGCAAAAGGUUAGCCCGCUCUGGCUUCACAUCCUGGUCAUCAUCCUCUUCCUCUGCAUGUCAGCCGUGGUCCGAGGCCUGAAUCUCAGCCUUCUGGCUUUGGAUCCAGUGGAGCUCAGGGUCAUCCAGAACAGCGGAACUCAGUUGGAGAAGAAGUAUUCCCUUCGUAUCCAGGGGGUCAGAGAGCACGGGAACUACCUGCUGUGCACUCUCUUGCUAGGCAAUGUCCUCCUCAACUCUUCCUUGGCCGUCUGGCUCUGCAAGAUCUUCUACAGCACUUGGUUGACUAUUGUGGUCUGUACCUUGUGUGUCUUGUUCAUUGGGGAAAUCGUUCCCCAAGCUGUAUGCUCCAGGCACGGGCUGGCCAUAGCCGCCAAGACCAUCUGGUUAACCAAGUUUUUCAUGGCUGUCACCUUCCCAGCUUCCUACCCCAUCAGCAAAGUCCUAGAUAUGGUCUUGCAACAGGAGAUCAGCACCUUCUACACCAGGGAGAAGCUGCUGGAGAUGCUGAGAGUGACUGACCCUUACAACGACCUGGUCAAAGAGGAGCUCAAUAUGAUCGAGGGAGCUCUCGAGCUCAGGACCAAGACGGUGGAAGACGUGAUGACGCCUCUGAAAGAUUGCUUUAUGUUGAGCGCCGAUGCAAUUCUGGACUUCAACACCAUGUCCAUGAUCAUGCAAAGUGGCUACACCAGGAUCCCUGUUUACAAGAACGAGCAGUCCAACAUCGUGGACAUACUAUUUGUGAAAGAUCUGGCCUUUGUGGACCCGGAUGAUGACAUGCAUUUGAAAACAGUAACGACAUUUUACAAUCACCCUCUGCACUGCGUCUUCAACGACACUAAGUUGGACGCCAUGUUGGAAGAGUUCAAGAAGGGUAAAUCUCACCUGGCAAUAGUACAGAGAGUCAACAAUGAGGGCGAGGGUGAUCCCUUCUAUGAGGUAUUGGGGAUCAUCACCCUGGAAGAUAUAAUUGAAGAAAUUAUAAAAUCUGAGAUCCUGGAUGAAACAGACUUUUACACAGACAACAGGACAAAGAAGAUAGCUCACAGAGAUCGAAAGCCGCAAGACUUCUCGUUGUUCAAACUCUCAGAUAGUGAACUGAAGAUCAAAGUUUCACCUCAACUGUUACUAGCAACUCACCGCUUUUUAGCAACAGAGGUGGAGCCCUUUAAAAGCACCUACAUAUCAGAAAAGAUACUGCUGAGACUACUGAAACACCCCAGUGUCAUCCAGGAGUUAAAGUAUGAUGAGAAAAAUAAGACGUCCAACAGCCAGUAUCUGUACCAAUGGAACAAGCCUAUUGACUACUUUGUGCUUAUCUUACAGGGAAAAGUAGAAGUGGAAAUCAGUAAAGAAGCCUUGAAAUUUGAAAAUGGAGCAUUCACAUACUAUGGAGUCCCGGCACUUACAGCUGUACUUCCUUCAGUGAACAGAUCACCGUCUCACAGCAGUGGAAUACAGCGGUCAGACUCGCUAUAUCGAACAGACUAUGGCGGCAGCUCUAACCAGCUAAACAUCAAUUACAUCUACCUUCCAGACUACUCUGUGCGGUUAUUAACCGAUCUCCAGUUUGUAAAGAUCACCAGGGCACAGUACACAAACGCCUUGUCAGCCUCGCGGAUGGACAACUCUCCCCAGACUCCCGACCCUGACAAUCAGAUACCCUCAUCAAGCAGCAGAGACCUGAGCAACAUGCCAACAGAAUCCACCAGCCUGCUGAUCGAAAAACUCCCUGUGAUUCGCAGCAGGUCAGAUGGACUGAAAAGCCCCACCGAUUCCGUAUUUCUGGGAACAGUGGAAAUGAAUUGUACAGAGGCGGCCGAAUGUGGAAAAAAAACAAACGGUGAAAACGGCAGCUUAAGUAUCGACCACGAUCCAAACAGCCCAGGCUGGAGGACCAGCAGGACUCUCAGCAGCAGCUCCGAGGACACCCUGGGCAGAAAACUGCUGCGCAAAAUCAGUGGUAAGAGAAGGACAUUGUCCAGGGACAGUGAGAAGAGCCCGGAGGAGAACUUUGCUUUCUCACAACUGAAGCUCUGAGACACGGAACGAGCAACAGGUUCACUCUCCCCCAGCGACAACUAACCCCAACUUCUUCCUACGCAUGACAGAGCAUAGAAUGUGCUUCUCACACACACACACACAGGCAAAUACAGGUUCAUUUACACACAC